AAAAAAUGUGAGUAGAUUACUACAUGUUUGAAAGUGGCGCGCAUCAGGUCUGUAAGUGCCGUAUGGCGCAACAAAACGCGAGGCAUCUGUUUGAAGCUGACGUACUGAUAUUAAACUUGUUUCCUGCUGCCCAGGCAUCGCCCACCACUAGCAAAGGAUUCUUUUCCGGCACGGAAAUGCGAUGCUCACCAACGAUGUUUUAUAAAGGUUGCUGGAUACGUCGCUACCCAGGCAUAUUUGUUGAUGUAACACAGUCAUUGGAGAAGGGUGCUCAAAUCUUGAGGAUUUACUACGAAGACACGGCGCAGAAGUGCAGCAGAGCCUGCUGCCUAUCGUGGAAUGUUUCCUGUAAUGCUGCAUUUUAUGAUUUGGAAUCAAUUCAAGGCAGAGAAAAUUGCUUCCAUUUAAAUUGUCCUACAUUAGAGAGCUGUCUUUUGAGAGGAAAGAACAAUGCCAUCUUAUACAACAUCAACAAAGGAAUUGACCCAGACCUGCUUGUAUUUGGAAAACAUAGCACUUCGAGUCUUCGCAUGUGGACUAAUUUGUCAUCUUCAAAGCACAAUGAUUCUGAUUCAUUAUCUUCUGAAAAGAGACAGUUUCAUCGCCCACCUUUUAGUACCCUUACGAGGUCAACUUUUACUACUGCUUUACAUAAAUAUGACAAAAGCAUUCAUAACACACCCGAAAGUACUACUACUUCUCCUUCAUUUUUAAAAUCUAAUAUCACCAUCUGGUCUACAUUUUAUUCAGUUGAAAGUCACAGGAAGAAUUGGAUUCAAAAUACAGAAGCUUUUUUCAAUGGUGUCAACAUUUCUACUCAAAGUUCUGCAUCAGUUACCAUUACUGCAGCUUCAAAGGUCACCUCAAAGACCUGGCCACAGCUAACCACUGCCAUGAUGACCACCCGACCUUAUUCUAAUCUUGCCUUUCCAGCUUACUUGGAUAACAGCAAGCAUUACCCUAAUGAAACCAAAGGCUACAUUAAUAGGAAUUACACUUCUGAAGACAAACCAAAAUUGUCUAAGUCAUUCUGGGGGAUUGCAAAUGACCUCCUGUUGGUUCCUUUGGUCAUCUUCUCAACAGUGUUUAUUUUAUGCUUUUGUAUUGUAAUGUUCAUAGUCAGUCAUCGCAUUAGAAAGAGGGGUCAUUACAAACCAGUGUGGAAGCCUGAAAGGAGCACAAUGUACCUGGUAAAAUAUGUGAUUGUAAAUGAAAGUCUGUGAACAAAUAACAACAAAAAGAAACUCACAAAAAUAUAUCCCAUUGUUCACUUCUGUUUUUCAAGGCAGCAGUACCAUACACUAUAAAAUACAUGUCAUCACAAAAUUUUAUUUAGAAAAUCUAAGCCGUAUGCUUUGGCUGCUAUUCAUUUCAACAGCUUUAGUUAGUGGAUAAAAUGGUAUGAAGUACUUUGAAUCUUGAUUCUGUGAUGUUAAUUAUCAGCCAAUAUAUUUAUUAUUAAAUUAUGUAGAAAGAGCCCUAUUUUAACACACAACCACAUUAACUGAUCUUUUAACUGUGAAAAUGUUACUUGAAGCUACAACAUAGUGUCACAAACCUCCCAAAAAUUAUAUUCCACCUGUCAUUUUAAACAUUAUUCAUAUUAUACUGUAUCAUGAUUUCAUUAAUAAAACAUAUUUUAGUCCAACAAAAUCUGGGAGUGCUACUGAACCUAAGCUGCACAUCUGUAGGAUGUGAAAGAAGUUUGUUUGUGCAUGAAAAAGUAUAGUAAUUUUACCCUCUCUUAACUCUGUGGAUUUAAAUAUCAGGAAAGAACUGAAACAAGUUUGUAACAAGGUGGAAUAAAGUUAUUGUGGUGUGAUGCAAUAAACUGAUAACUUAUACAGAAAAUAAUUAAGUUAUUCCUGCUACAGGUUAUCCUACAACUUGCUUAAGGAUGGAAAAUUCUUACUGUUUUAUACAUUUACUGUAUGAUGGAUGUUAUAUAUUUAAAAAAAAAAAUAACGUAAAAUUCAUUUUCCUUGUCACUGGAUGUUAGAUUUAUCUUAUAUUAGGACUUACUGAGGAGUAGGUGAUGAUUAUUGGUUAAAUCUUGAUAUGUAGACCCAUAAAAUGGAAAGAAUGUGCACAUGACUGUAUAGUGAUAAAAAACUUGGAAGUAAGAUGAAGAAAA